GCACCUUUCAUAGAUAGUAAACCACAACGGGUUUCACAAGAAUUUAGUAAAACGACAGAAUGUUGCACAAAAUAAUAAAACAAAAGUAAAAACAAAGCACAUUCAAUACAGUUAAGACAAAAAACAUAUAUAACGACAAAUAUAAUUAUAAACGUCUGAUCGGUGCCUGCAGUACAACCCUCGGGGUUUUAUUGCUGCACGUGAGUGUUAUCUAUAUAUAUAUAGCACAGGUGACCGGAAGAGUUCAUUACUGUUUUCUGACUCGCCUCUGAACUGGACGUCCAGACCGGUCUCUGUCGGUCUUGCAGCAUGUGUCUGUCACAUGGCUAAAUAUGGGAUUACGAGCCUCGGGUUGUCAAAAUACGCCAAGCAAAAAAAAAAUAAAAAAUGUUUAGCCCGAAGGACAGUUUACUUCUUGCCAGAAAGCGGAACUCAAAUCCCGGGACAAAGUUCGCCUAACCGCGUGACCGAAGCCGCCUCCAGGGAACUUUCGUUUCUCCUUUAACUUUUCUCGGAUUUCUGUUCCUGAAAACUCCGCUCGUUUUACUGCCGCUGUUGAAAGGAAGCGAGUGGGAUCUACCCCGAAGUUUAGUUCAGCUCUUUGUGACUAUAUCGUUUAAUGGCUGCGGACAGCUGCGCAACAAGUGUUUAACUCUCGGGGGUCGUCGUCGCUGCUGUUGUUGUUGUUGUCGUCGUCGCCUUCGGGUGAACAGCUGACUCACCCACUGAAGGCCGGGCAGCACCGGGACAUGGCGCAGUGUGACCCCGAAGUCCGAUCCGCCCGCUGAGAAGAUCCAAAGCUGACAUGUCCUCCAUGGGUUGAGACUCCACCACGCCGGGAGAAGAUGAUCGGGUCCCCGGACCUGCUGGCCUUCACCGGCACCGAGGGCUUCGGAGAAAGAGAGGAUGUCCGGGUGGCUCAGGGUCUACCCGAGGACCUCUCUGUCCCCCUGUUGCCUUCAUGUCACCCCUGGACCACAUCAGCCCAGUUCAACAGAGACUUCAUACUGGUGGCUGAAUUCUCUGAGCAGGUGGGUCCGAAGCCUGUGUUGACGAUACCUGACGACCCCAGAGUCAUCGGCUCCUUCGACCUCAACCACUUCUCUGUUCGCAUCAUGUCUGUGGACUACCAGGCGUCCGGCCCCGGCCACACCCCUCCCUCCACAUCUGGCCCCCGGCUCAAUUUCAGCGAGGACUCCAAAGUCAUCCUGGGAGACUCGGCGGAGGACGCCUUUGCGUACGUCCACCACGUGACCCUGUACGACCUGGAGGCCCGGGGGAUGGUGCGUCCGUUCUGCAUGGCCUAUGUCUGCUCGGAUCAGGCCAAGCUGAUGGAGAACUUUUCCGAACUGUCGACGCGCUUCUCCCAGGCGUCGGACAGCCUCAAGACGGGAAACAGACAAGCGUUUUCCAUGGAGCUGCAGAGGAAAUUACAAGAGCUUGAGUACAGACGCUUGACUCUGCUCCAGGACGCAGAACAUCAGAGGACUCCAAAUGGGCUCCCAGACGUCGAAGAAAAAGACGACGAGCUCGAAGCCGUGGAGCACUCGAUCUCUACUCACAGAGACCUCCUCCGCCAGAUCACGUCCUACCCAAACAGGAAGCUCAAAGAGCCCGACUUCCUGCCCUACGACCCGGCCGACUCCCUCACUGAUCCGAUGUCGCUGCAGCCUCCUGAGCCCUGCGCCUCCUUCUCCACCUUCACCUCCUGCAGGUCUGAGCUGAAGUCGCUCCAGGAGCUUUGCAACUCCUACUUCUUGUCCCUGAUGAAGGAGCAGCUGGCGGACACAGAGCGGCGUCUGCGCGGCGACAAGAGCGCCCUGCGAACUACGCGUCUCGUAUGCUCGCUGUCCCGGAGGCUGAAGCUCACCGGCUUCCUGUUUGAGCCGUGGAGCCCAGAGGACGUGGAGGAGGACGAAAGGGAGAGCGAUGAGGUGGAGCUGCAGGGAACCGCAGGCGCAAAGAGGGGUGACGACACGUCGCAGUCGCAACCGCUGAGCCUGGAGUCGUUCUACUCCUGCGUGGAAGAGAUCCCCAUAAAACUGGAGGCGCGAGAAGCCGGGACGGUGACCCCUGACCCCAGCGCUGCAGCAGAGAUGACGGGGAGUGUGAGCAGCGGAGACAGCAUUGAAGUGCUCGGGACUGAGAAGUCUUAUCGGACACAGCAUGUUGUUACCGGAUCUGACAGCAGAGACGCGGCGGUCGGUGUGACAGACGCUGUUGUCAGACGCGCAGGAGCAGACGUGGGCGUCAAGCGCGUGCAAGCGUGCGCCAGACGGGCCAACAGCGAAGACAGCAUCGAAGUGCUCAGCACCACAGAGUCCAUAUUUCCCGAUGACCUCACCGCUAUCACGGAGGAGGAGGCAGAACCUCUGACUAACGGGGUCGACAACGAGGAGGAGCCACGGACGGGUGGAGAGGAGAGCACAGUGAAGGCAGCUACCGUAGUAAAUGAGAAUGAUGAGCCUGGACAGGAAGAUGAAGAUGGUGCUGACAGAGAAGAGUGUGCGGUGAAAUUGACAGAUAAUGCUGGUGUCGUGAUCAAAGCAGAGCUGGACGCUAUGAAUCACGUCCAUGAAGACGGAGAUGCACAGAAGACGUCCAAACUCUGGAAAGCCGUAUUAAAAAUCGAGGUGACGCCUCCCUCGCCUGAAGUCCAUCAGGAGGUGCGGCCUGGGACUGACCUCCAUGUGAACUAUGUCCAUGCUGUUUCCCUGUCGGAUGUGGACCACUGGUCUCCCCCCGGCCCUCCUCUGAGACUGCUGAGCAUCGACGAGGCGUCUGACUGCACCAGCUUUACCGGCUACUCAGAGCCGCCCUCUCCCACCCAAAACUUCAAAAGCAGCCCCUGCCUGAAGAAGAAGACGACGACGACGACGAGACGAAAGGCUGGACUGAGAGCCCUGAGGUUCAUCAAGCAGCACUCGUUCUCCCAGCAUGCCGUGUUUUGUCUCCUGAGCGGCCGACCGCUGGUCGUCAUCGGCGGAGACGAGACUCUGUUGAGGAAACUGGUGGACGCCCUGAGCCUCUUCCUACCUGCUCCAGGUCCUGGUGGAGGAGCUGUGAUGCCGUGUUUGACCAGGCCCCUUCUGUUCACCGACCUGCUCACCUGGAGACUGAUAGGAAUACACAGGUCGUCCUCCAUUUCUUCGGCCGCCGUCCUCCACUCUCUGACUCGCUACAGCCGCUACCUGUCUCUCCUGGACCUGGACCAGAGGACGCUGCGGAGCCCGUCGUACUCGGGUUCUCUCAUCGGCAGAAUGACCGACGCUCACUCGGGGUUCCGGCGGGGCGUCACCUACCUGCUGCACCUGGAGAGCUGCCUGACGGCCCUGACCAGCCAGGUGCUGCUGUACAUGUUCACAGCCGCGUUCCGACGCCCGCGCGCCGCCGGGGCGAAGGGCGGCACGGAGGAGGACCCGCAGUGCACGGGGGGACCGUGCAGCAGCGAAAGCGAUUUGAGAGUGAUGCACUUCCUGUCGGACCUCAUCACGCAGCGCCACGCGGGUCGUGGACCCCCGGUUUUAGGAUUCUCUUACAGCUUAGUGCAUCUCCACAGAAACACAUAUGCAGCAUAAGAGUUUAAAAAAAAAAAAAAAAAAAAACACUGGUUGAACAAAAAUUCAAAUAUUAUGAAACACACUGAUUAGUUUCAUCUCACCUGCUGCUGUGAACAAAUGUUAAGUAGCGAUGACGUGGGUCGCAUAUUUCAAAAUACUGUACGUUAAGUGCCUUACAAGCACUGAACACUUUUACAUGCUGGCUCUCUCAUGUAGCUGUAAUAUGUUUUAAAAUGUUGGUUUGUCACUGAUCAAAUGUGAAUUCAAGAUAAUUACGACACACGUGAACUGAGUUUUAAGCAGCGACCUCUAUAGCGAGUACUGUCGAGUUUUAUUCCUCUACACCAAGAGGGACUUUAAGUUCUUCACCUUUUAAAAAGCUGUUGCUCUGUGGUUUUUAGUUUUUAAUCGCAGGUCAACUGCAAUUUAUAUUGGGACGCUAUUAGUGGAAAUAGUGCAGGUCAAACAGCAGACAAUGUUUUUUUGUUUUGUUUUUAAAAUAUAUAUUUUUCAUUUUAAUGUAACUAGUAGCACCGAUAACACUGAGAUUAUGGUAAAGGCACUUGUAGAGUUUGAUGAGCGCAUUGCAAACACUCACACGCACAAAAAAAAAAACCUUGAUAUCCUGACCAACUACACCUUAAAUUUGCUUCAGCUGCUGUGAUACUUCGUCACACUAUAAAUACUGACAGAUAAUAUUUUUUAAUAAAGUUUGAUCAGCAGCCUAAAUCAAACCACGUGAUUUGUUGUCACACAUUCAAUAACUCAGCUUUCAAGGCACCGGCUGCAAUCACACAAAUGAUGAGACAACAACAUCUCGUUUCUGUGUCAUGCUGUAUUUUUCUUAUUUUAUUUAUGCUAAUAUGAGUCUAUUUUACCGUUCGGACGAUUACUCUGAAAAUAAAGUCAUAUUUUACAGUUUUGUUCUGCAA